CUUUUUAUUUAAGUCUUGUGCCGAUCGAUAAUUCCUGGGAUUGAUAAAUACGUACAUAUAUUUGUGUCAUUCGAAAUCGGAAUGACAGCUAAAUUCAAAAGAAAUAUUCGUAAGCAUUGGAAUUUCCUGUCUGGAAUCAGAGAAAUCCUCUCCAGAUCCCAAUGUUGGAGCUCGUUGUCCUUUUCCUUCUCAGUUCCGUGACCUACUUCUGUGCCCAUUUGGAGAGUCCGCCCACAAAGUGGGCACAUUUCUAUGCGGCAUGUCCGAUUCUCAUGGGCUUACUAUCCGCUGGACUGGUUUACAUAAAUGUAGGUUUUCCCCUUGCCAAUAAAUCUAAUAAAUACUUCAAAUUUAUUCCACAUAGAAAUAGAAACGGAUGAAU